CUUCCGGUGAGAAUCACGUGAUUGUACCAUAGGAAGAGACGCGAUCGUUCAGUUGAUUCUGGAUGAUGGCGCGAGCGAACAAGAGUGCUGUAGUCGUGUGCUGGGAUGUGGGCUGCACAACAAACAACAUGGCUCUGGAUGAGGAUAGUGCAUUUGAACAAGCAAAGAAAGUUGUGCUGAUGUUUGUUCAACGUCAGGUAUUUGCUGAGAGUAAAGAUGAGACUGCUUUAGUCCUAUUUGGGACUGAUCGAACCUUUAACCCCCUUGCUACAUCAGACCAAUACCAGAACAUUGUUGUCCAAAGAAACCUGAUGAUUCCUGACUUUGAUUUCCUGGAAGACAUCCAGAACGGCAUCAAGACAAGUCACCAUCAAGCUGAUUUUCUGGAUGCCCUGAUUGUCUGCAUGGACUUGCUUCAAAAACAAACCAUGGGAAAGAAGUAUGACAAGUUACAUAUUGCAGUAUUCACCGAUCUGAACAGUCCUUUCAGUUCCGACCAGUUUGAUGCCAUAAUAAGUAGCAUGAAAAAAUUUGGAAUCACACUGCAGUUCUUCUUGCCAUUCACAAAUACAACAAGAGAAAGUGUGGAACGGCUAUCCAUAUUUAAGAAAAUCGAAAGGAAGCCCAUGACAUGGCCAUGUCAGCUCACCAUCGGCUCUGGAAUAACCAUCAACAUCGUGGGCUAUAAGGCAAUGACUGAAGAGAAGGUAAAGAAAAGCUGGAUGUCUGUUGAUGCCAAGACUCUGCGGAAGGAGGACGUGAGGAGGGAGACCGUUUACUGCUUAAAUGAUGACAAUGAGACUGAAGUUUCAAAGGAAGACACUAUUCAAGGUUUUCGCUAUGGUAGUGAUAUUAUCCCAUUUUCACAAGUAGAUCAGGAACAGAUGAAGUAUAAAACUGAUGGGAAAUGCUUCAGUGUUCUUGGAUUUACUAAAUCUGCACAGGUUCUGCAGCAUUAUUAUGUCGGACGGCAGGUGCUGCAGGUGUUUGCUGCAAAGGAUGAUGAGCAUGCUGCUGUGGCACUAUCUGCAUUGAUCCAUGCAUUGCAAGAGCUGGAUAUGAUGGCGAUAGUCCGUUACAUUUAUGACCGGAGAUCAAACCCACAAGUUGGAGUGGCUUUUCCUAUGAUUAAAGAUAAAUAUGAGUGUUUGGUUUACAUCCAACUUCCAUUCAUGGAGGAUCUCCGACAAUUUACUUUCAUUUCUCUGAAGAACAGUAAGAGAGGAACAGCUUCAGAAGAACAGUUAUCAGCCGUGGAUGCUCUGAUUGACUCUAUGAGUUUGGUGGUGGAUGAUGGUGAAGAAAUAGAGGAUCUCUUCAAAGUCAGUAAAAUUCCCAAUCCGCAUUUUCAGCGGUUGUUUCAGUGUCUUCAUUUCAAAGCAUUUCAACCUGAUAAACCACUGCCUCCCAUAGACCCUCAUUUGAAGACAAUGUUGGACAGGCCCCAGGAACUGAAUGCUUCCUACAUACCAUCUAUGGAGCAAUUAAAGAAGCUUUUCACUCUGCAAGACUCAGGCAAAAAGAAGGAACAAAAGAUUGCACAGCAGAUUUUCAAAGACAACGAUACAGAAGAACUGGCGUCAAAGAGAGGACGGACUGAUGAGGAUUUCAAUAUUGUUACACUGGCUGAGGGAAAUGUGACUGCUGUUGGCAGCCUCACUCCAGCAAAGGACUUCCAGACUCUGGUUCGUCAAAAAAAUUCAAACUUCAGAGAAGUAACCAAUCAGCUGAUGGAACGUGUCUACCAGUUCCUGGAAGUCAAGAACCGAGAGUAUUACAUGAAAAGCAUGGAUUGCAUCAAAAUCUGCAGGGAAGAGGCUGGCAAGGCUGGAGAAUCCAAAUUCUUCAACAUGUUACUGAAAACCCUUAAAGCUAAUGUGGAGGCAAAGGGACUACAAGACUUCUGGGAAUUGAUUGUGCAAGACUCUAUUACUCUUAUCACAAAGGAUGAAGCUGCAGACAGCACAGUGAAUAAUGAUGAAGCCAAACAGUUCCUAGCAGCUGAGGAAAAACCCAUGGAAACAUCAGCGGUGCCUGAGGAUGACGGAGAUGUUGAUGAUCUGCAUCCCCACCUCCUCAGAACUACCAUCUGUCCGCCCAACUUCAUAUCAUCGACAAACUUCACCAGAAUGCCCCAGUCUCUUCAUCCAGAUCAUUAAUAUAUAAAGUGAAUUUU